CACCGGCGGGAAAGCGAAAGCGAAAGCGGGAGGCGCCGGGGAAGUGUGUCGGCAGGGAGCGGAGGGGUUGUGGGGAGCCCGGCUCCUUGCUGAGGGGAGCGCGGCUCCUUGCUGAGGGGAGCGCGGGUUCGAGCUGAGGGGAGCGCGGCUCCUUGCUGAGGGGAGCCCGGUUCCUGGCUGAGGGGGCUGCGGCGCAGGAGCUGUUCACCGCGCGGGGAAUGCGGGUCGCGGAGCGGCAGGCUGCCUCCGCUGGGACCCACGGCUGCUGUUUCAAUGGAUUGCACAAGUCCCCCUCUAUCUUUAAAAGAUGAUGGUUUUGUUGUGACAAACCCUGACCCUUUUGACACAUCGAAAGAUGAAAUGGAAGGACUUAAAGAAGAACUGAAGAAAUGGAAGGAAAGAGUUGAAAAAGCUGAAAAAACAAAAGCUGACCUUCUUCUCUGUAAAUUCAGUGCCGAUGAAGAGUAUGUUAAAGCAGAGAAUGAGCUGUUAAAGCUAAAGGACUUUCAAGAGAAACGGCAUAAGGACAUUAUUAUGUCUAGAGACACCCGUGAGAGAGAACUCUGUGUACUAAACCAAGAAAACACUGAACUGAGGAGAGAAAUUGAAAAGCUCAAAGAAGACCUUGCAGAAUGUAGUUCAGUGCAUUUGUGGGAUGGUCAGAUUAAAAAAAAGGUAGCAGAAAUGAAAUUGAAGUUCGCUCACAUGGAAGACACGAAGGAUGAUUAUCCAGAUAUGAAUACUCACUGUGUUUUUGGUGUCACUACAAAAAUCCCAUUCAGACUGAAUCAAAACCAGGCACUGCUUACUUUUGAAGAUGAAGAAGUUGCCCAGAGACUGGUAAAAAUGGGUAAGCAUACUGUGAACCUGGACAACAAAACAGUAGAUGUGAGAGUGAAGCCUCCUACACUUGAAAUGGGAAUCAAAUUUGAGCUCCAUGUCACUAUUUCUGGAAAGAAGAUCAACGUUUCAGAAGUACCUGAGCUAUCCAUUCCUGAAGACUGGAUGAGAGACAAAUUAGAGCUGAAUUUCUACAAAUCUGAACAGGGAGGAGGAGGAGAAAUACAAAAUGUGAGCUAUGACAAACAGUCUAGAACAGCUGUUAUUACAUUCCUCACACCUGGAGCAGCUAACAGCUUUGCGAGAUGUACUAAAUAUCCUUUCUUUGUAAAUGGAAGGUGCUAUAGGCUUUCUGUGUCCCCAAACACCAGUGCACACUUGGAAAAGUUUCAGCUCUAUUGUGGGAUUUCUAAGAAGACCAUUCUGUUGAAAGGAACUCAAGAGAUGGAAGAUGAUGAAGAAAGUGUACAGGACAUGAUUGAAAUUCACUUUCAGAAGCCUAGUAAUAGUGGUGGGGAAAUAGAGAAAAUCAAAUAUGUGUCAAAAGGAGUAACAUGGGUUUGUUUUGAGGAGGAUAUUUAAUGCCACAUAGGAAACUGUAGAUUGAACUCCUGAAGUUUCGAGUUUUUGCUUUAUCAGAGGCAUAGGAAGUUAGGCAGACAUCAUGCUUUAAUAUUUGGAAAUUUAUACUUGAAAAAGAGGAACUACCUGUCUUUCUGAUUUGUGUAAUGGCACAGACUUUGCAUAGAAAUUCAGUAAAACUCAGUGUUUGGUGUUCCAGAGGCUCCUGAUUAGUCACAGAAAAGCUUUUACCAGCACUUGAAACUUUAUCAAUAAAGAUUGCUUUCUGCAAAUUUGUAUCUUGCAAAUUUUAGAUAGGUCACAUAUACUCCAAAGUGGGAUAAGUCUAUUCCUUAGCACAUUUUGGUUACGAAAGCCAUAGGUAAUGCCAAUCAAAAGUGCCUUCACAGACCUGCUUUUUUAAAGUGCCAUAGCUUCAGAAGGUAGCUCUGACAGAACACCAUUCCUCCUGAGGUUGCUGCGUGCCACCAUAACUCACAUACCUGAAAGCAGUUAUCCUGUAGUUUUAUAAAAUCUGCAUUAUUGAAUUAGUGAUAACAUUUAAAUAGGAAGAGUGCAAAACCACCACCGAUUUACUCAAGAAAUUGCACCUUUUAAGAAAUGCCAUAGCAGUAAUAGUGCUUUUAGCUGUCAAAAUGCUGUUAAUUCUCCAAGGAUCUGAUGCAAAUUCUGCUGAACUUCUGAUAAGUUACUCGCCUAGUUUUUUGUUUGGUUUUAAUAUUUGUUUUACAAUUACAUUUUUCCUCAUUUUUAUUCAUGAUUUUGCUUACUUUAAAAAUUACAGUUAGGAAUCGAGGUGAUUCUUUGUCUAAAACGGAUUGUUUUGUGACAAUGCUGGGGAAGGAAUCUGAUGGUGAACGCUGUGUCCGUUUUGAUACGUGUGACUGGCCAGGCUGCUGGCCCUGGGAGGGUAAGUAGGGAACAGUCAGUUGGAAAGGGCAUAGAGUUUAGGGCAAAUUAAAUUUUCAGUGUAUAAUGUCCCCUUUUUUUUUCCAGUUCAUACUUCCAGUUCUCAUUCUAAAAGAUCUUUGAAAUAAAAUGGAAGUGCAAAUUCAGAGGACUUA